AUGCUUUUCGUGGCAGCCGUGGCAGCCGCCUUCGCGCCUCGGCAGCUCGCGCCUCAGCUUAAACCGGCCCAGCGUCCUGCAGCGGUCCUGCUUGGAGCGACCGCCGAGUCCACCGCAGCUCCCGCCGCUGCCGAAGAGAGCUCUCCCGCGCCCACCGCUGCCGACCCAGCCGUGGCAACGCUCGACCUGCUCGAGUGGCCUCGGCUCUCCGCGCACGUCGCUCAGCACGCGUCGACGGCCUUUUCGCGCGAGCUGUACGGCGCUGGCAUCCCGCUGCCGCGCGAGCGCGCCGAGUCGGAGGCGCUGCUCGAGGAGACGGCAGAGGCGUUCGCCAUCGAGAGGAGCCUCGGCGUGCCUCUCGAGCUCAAGGGCUUCACCGACUGGCUGCCACUGGUCUCGCUGGCGUCCAAGGGAGCGGUGCUCGAGGGCCCGCAACUCGCCUCCAUAUCCACCUCCCUCGGGGCCGCAGCCUCUCUCGUCAAGAAGAUGCGCUCGCUCGACGAUGCGCAAGGCAGCAGCGGCAGUGGCGGCGGCGGCGGCGGCGGCGGCGGCGGUGCCGUGCCGCAUAGGCUCCCGGCCCUCUUCGACGGGGUCGGCGUGCAGGCGGCUCUCAAGCUCGCCAUUGACGAGGCAGUCGACGACGCCGGCGAAAGACGCGCGACUCCGCCUCGGAGACGCGUCGUGCGCGACUCCGCCUCGGACGGGCUCGGCGAGGUGCGGUUCGCCAAGCGAGAGCUGGCGGCGGCGGUGCGCAAGAGCCUGGCGGAGCUGGUGGCGAAGAAGGGCGACUCGGUGCUGGCGAACCGUUUGCCGACGCUGCGCGCGGACCGCUUCGUCCUGCAGGUGGUGGCCAAGCAGAAGCACCGCGUGCCGGGCGUCGUGCGCGACGUGUCUGGCUCGGGGCAGACGCUCUUUAUCGAGCCCAAGGAGGUCGAGGGCGCAAACACAAAGCUGCGCCAGCUCGCCAGGCGCGAGCAAACGCUCGUGCGGGCGGUGCUGCAGGCGCUCUCCAAGCGAGUGGGCGCGCCUGCCGUCGCUCUUGAACUCGAGGCGCUGCACAGCGCCGUGACGAAGGUCGACCUCGCCGCCGCGCGCGCGCGGUACGCCGCCGCCGUGGGCGGAGUGCCCGUCCGCUUCUCGGACCACCGGGCGGAGGGCGUGGCACUGCAGGGGCUGCUGCACCCUCUGCUGCUGCAGCCUGCGCCGUCCGAGCCGGACUACGAGCUCCCGCCGCACGUGCGCGCGAUCGUGAUCACCGGGCCGAACACCGGCGGGAAGACAGUGGCACUGAAGAACCUCGGGCUGGCAGCUGGACUGUGGCCCGUCUGCUCAGAGCCGCGUGGCCGCUCUCUCUCGGCCGACGCCUCGCCGUCGGCGGUCGCCGCCGUGCCCUGGUUUGACGCCGUGAUGGCAGACAUCGGCGACGACGGCCCGUCGUCGCACGCGAGAUCAGCCGAGAUCCACCCGAGAUCAGCCGAGGUGCAGUCCCUCUCGACCUUCUCGGCGCACGUGGCGCGGGUGCGCGCCAUCCUGCAGCGCGUGCGCGCCAUCCUGCAGCGCGCGAGCGGCGAGUCUCUCGUGCUGCGGCGGCUCAAGGCGACGGCGGGCUGUGCUGCGGCGGCUCAAGGCGACGGCGGGCUGUGCUGCGGCGGCUCAAGGCGACGGCGGGCUGUGCUGCGGCGGCUCAAGGCGACGGCGGGGCUGACGAUGUGCACGACGCACCACUCGUCGCUCAAGACGCUCAAGUACUCGGACGCCGCCUUCGAGAACGCAUGCGUCGAGUUCGACGACGUCGCGCUCGCGCCAACCUACCGCCUCCUCUGGGGCGUCCCCGGCCGCUCCAACGCCAUUGCCAUCGCGCGGCGGCUCGGGCUGCAGCCUGACGUGCUCGACGACGCGGUCGAGUCGCUCGGUGCGGGCGAGGCGGACGUCGGCGAGCUGAUCGAGCGGAUGCAGGCCGAGCAGGGGGAGCAGCGGGCGCUGCGGCAGCAGCUGGUCGGCUUGCGCGACGAGGCUGAGGGGGCGCGGCGGCAGCUCGAGGCGCGCCGGCUGGAGCAGGAGGCGGCGGCCGCGGCGGAGGCGGCGGCGUCGCGCGAGGCGCUGCAGCGCGAGCUCGACGCCGCGCGCGCGCAGAUCGCAGACUUGGUGGCCGCGGCCAAGGCUGGCGCCGACGGCCCCGCGCCGACCCCCUCGGCGACGCUGCACCGCCUGUCUGUGAUUGGAAAGCGGGUGGCGGGAGCGCCAGAGGCGGAGGCGGCGGAGGCGGCGGCGGCGGCGGCGGCGGCGGCGGCGGCGGCGGCGGCGGUGGGCCGGGAGGAGGCGGAGGUUGGCGACUCGGUGAUCGUGCGUCGACUCGGGGAGGAGCCGGUGCUGGUAGAGUCGAGGAAGGGGAAGCAGCUGACAGUGGCGUACGGCGGGCUGACGAUGAAGGUGAAGGCGGCCGAGGUGGCCAGGGUCAUCAAGGCCGAGAGGGUGGUGCCGCCCCCAAAGGCUGCGGGUCGCAAGGGCGGGAAGCGCGAGCGCCGCGUGACCGCGGUGCGCGUACCCAGCAACACGCUCGACUUGCGCGGCAAGCGGCUCAACGAGGUUGGCGACGACGUCGCGCACGCGCUCGAUCGUGCGAUGGACCUCGGCUGUCUGUACAUCAUCACCGGCCGCGGCACCGGCCAGAUGCGCCGCUUCGUGAGGGAGCGGCUCGCGGAGGACCCCCUGGUCGCGCGGUUUGAGGAUGCGCCCGAGCCGGAGGGGGGGAACGGGUGCACCAUCGUCUAUCUGCGCUGACACCCUUGGCUUGACUCUUGAGCUGCCAUUGCGCGUGGUACCGUGCGUGUACUGCGAACACACACUGUAUUACACCACGACGUGAAUUGUGAUUUGUCAAUUUGCUACACAG